AUGGAUGCCUGCGCGAGAUUCACCUCCGGACUACAUGCAUAUGGGAUAUCUUGUGAAGCAAAUCAUCUCAACAAUGAGAUCCUUGUCGGCGGCGGCAUGUUCACACAGCGUAACUGCUCCGAUAAGCCUCUGGAGAAAAUUGAGAAUUUUUUGAGUACGGUGUGGUGGCCAUCGACGGUUGGACGCACAACAUGUAAGAUUGCAGAGCCAGGCUCGUUGAAGGCUGACCAAUGGCGAAACCUCAUGACGAUCUAUGUGGUCACUCUAUAUGUCGCAUGGGAGAUCGACGGCAAAAUCCCGGACUAUGAAUCCCCUCGUCCCAGGCCCACCACAAAUGUGGGCAAAGCAUUCGCAUGCAAGGAAGAGAUGCUGCGUGAAUGUCAUCAAGCAUAUGUUGCAGAGAAUCCAAAUCCAACAGAUGCUGAUCACAGGUGGGCUGAGGAUGCAAAGCUGAACCAAAACUAUUUACAGCAUUACAACAAUGUCCUCGAGCUCUGCACAGCAAUGCGGAUCUGGUCUUCACGCUUAAUCUCUCCUGCAGAAGCUCUUCGCACACAUGAAUGUCACUUCAGGGCUUGUCAAUCAUGGGCAUACAUGGGAUCACAUUUGAUGCCGGUAUUUCACAUGUCGACUCAUCUUUCGGACUACAUUCUUCACUUGGGACCUGUCUAUGCUUGGUGGACUUACCCCUAUGAGCAGAACAAUGGGUUUCUCGGUCAGUUCAAGAAUAAUGGCCACACUGGAGGGGAGAUCGAGGCGACGAUGAUGCAUGGCUGGGUCAAAUGUCAGCUCAUCAAUGACUUGAUCUUACACUUGGAUGGACUGGGUCCUGAGAAGACGGAAGACGAUGAGAAGAUACUGCGCAAACUCCGAGAACUUAUCAAGGGUGACACCAAGGCGACACGACAAUGA